CCCGACGCGCCCGGCUGCUGACGUGCGGGGCGGAACGGGUCGGGCGGGUUCCACCGAUCUGUGUGCUUCCGCGGGCUGCGGGGGUCGCUGGGGCCUCGUGGCUGGCAGCUGCGCGGGGCUUCGCCCGUUCCCUCACCUCGCUCUGCCCUCUCGCGGCGCCCGGCGGGGCCCGCGCUGCAGCUGGAGACCCGGAGAAAGGUGAAGAACCGAAUGUCAUCAUGUCUGGAAUCAAGCGAACCAUCAAAGAAACCGACCCUGAUUACGAGGAUGUAUCUGUGGCCCUUCCAAACAAGCGGCAUAAAGCAAUUGAGAAUUCAGCUCGAGAUGCUGCUGUGCAGAAGAUUGAGACUAUUAUCAAGGAACAGUUUGCUCUUGAAAUGAAGAAUAAGGAACAUGAAAUUGAAGUCAUUGACCAGCGACUGAUCGAAGCAAGAAGGAUGAUGGAUAAACUGCGUGCCUGCAUUGUAGCAAACUACUAUGCUUCUGCAGGUCUUCUAAAAGUUUCUGAGGGAUCAAAGACAUGUGAUACAAUGGUUUUUAAUCAUCCUGCUAUCAAGAAAUUUUUGGAAUCACCAUCUAGGUCAUCAUCUCCUGCCAAUCAGAGAGCAGAAACACCAUCAGCCAAUCAUUCAGAAAGUGAUUCUUUAUCUCAGCACAAUGACUUCUUAUCUGACAAAGAUAAUAACAGCAAUAUGGAUAUAGAGGAGAGACUCUCAAACAACAUGGAGCAGAGACCAAGCCGAAAUACUGGAAGAGAUGCUUCUAGUGUUACUGGCUCCCAUAAAACAGAACAGCGGAAUGCUGAUCUCACAGAUGAGACUUCGCGACUUUUUGUAAAGAAAACAAUAGUAGUGGGCAAUGUGUCCAAGUAUAUACCUCCGGAUAAGAGGGAAGAAAAUGACCAGUCAACUCAUAAGUGGAUGGUAUAUGUCCGAGGGUCCCGUAGAGAACCCAGCAUUAAUCAUUUUGUCAAGAAAGUUUGGUUCUUCCUUCAUCCCAGCUAUAAACCAAAUGACCUUGUGGAAGUUAGAGAGCCUCCUUUUCACCUGACCAGAAGAGGCUGGGGUGAGUUUCCCGUCAGAGUUCAAGUUCACUUUAAGGACAGCCAGAACAAGCGGAUAGAUAUCAUACAUAAUCUGAAGCUGGAUAGAACUUAUACUGGCUUGCAGACUCUUGGAGCAGAGACGGUAGUAGAUGUUGAACUCCAUCGCCAUUCUCUGGGAGAAGACUGUAUAUAUCCUCAGUCCUCGGAGUCUGAUAUCUCUGAUGCCCCUCCAUCUUUGCCUUUGACCAUUCCAGCCCCAGUGAAAGCUUCUUCACCAAUAAAGCAGUCACACGAGCCAGUACCCGAUACCUCUGUGGAGAAAGCAGGAUUCCCAGCUGGCACUGAAGUUGAACGACACGCUCCGUUUUAUUCUUUGCCAUCUUCAUUGGAAAGAACACCCACCAAAAUGACAACAUCCCAGAAAGUUACCUUUUGUUCUCAUGGCAAUUCAGCUUUCCAGCCAAUAGCAUCAAGCUGCAAAAUUGUGCCACAAAGUCAGGUUCCUAAUCCCGAGUCACCUGGAAAGUCCUUCCAGCCCAUCACCAUGAGCUGCAAGAUUGUGUCAGGUUCCCCAAUAUCAACUCCAAGCCCAUCACCAUUGCCUCGAACCCCGACUUCCACUCCAGUUCACGUGAAGCAAGGCACUACCGGCUCUGUUAUUAAUAAUCCUUAUGUUAUCAUGGACAAGCAGUCGGGGCAGAUGAUUGGAGCCAGCACUCCCAGUACAGGAAGUCCUACAAACAAGAUCUCCACGGCUUCUCAGGUCUCCCAAGGAACAGGUUCCCCUGUUCCUAAAAUUCAUGGAAGUAGUUUUGUAACAUCUGCUGUCAAGCAGGAGGAUUCUUUGUUUGCAUCUAUGCCACCUCUUUGCCCAAUUGGGAGUCACCCUAAGGUUCAAAGCCCCAAACCUAUAACAGGAGGACUUGGAGCUUUCACAAAAGUGAUCAUCAAACAGGAACCUGGUGAAGCACCUCACGUGCCCGCGACAGGAGCUGCCAGCCAGUCACCACUCCCGCAGUAUGUGACUGUGAAAGGGGGUCACAUGAUAGCUGUGUCCCCUCAGAAACAGGUCAUAACUACUGGAGAAGGGAUUGCCCAGUCAACAAAGGUUCAGCCCUCCAAGGUUGUCGGGGUACCAGUUGGGUCUGCUUUACCUUCAACAGUGAAGCAGGCUGUGGCGAUCAGUGGUGGCCAGAUCCUGGUAGCCAAGGCCAGCUCUUCUGUCUCCAAAGCAGUUGGUCCAAAGCAAGUUGUGACCCAAGGAGUUGCCAAAGCAAUUGUGAGUGGAGGUGGAGGAACCAUUGUUGCUCAGCCAGUGCAGACCUUAACCAAGGCCCAGGUCACUGCCGCUGGUCCUCAGAAGAGUGGAUCCCAGGGUUCAGUAAUGGCAACAUUGCAGCUACCAGCCACUAAUUUGGCCAACUUGGCAAAUUUGCCUCCUGGCACUAAACUCUACCUAACUACAAACAGCAAGAACCCUUCAGGAAAAGGAAAACUGCUGCUGAUCCCUCAGGGAGCCAUCCUGCGAGCUACAAACAGUGCUAAUCUCCAGUCUGGCUCAGCUGCCAGUGGUGGGAGUGGUGCUGGAGGAGGAGGAGGUGGUGGAGGCGGUGGCAGUGGUGGAGGCAGCAGUGCAGGAGGAGGAGGAGGAACAGGAGGAGGAACAGCAGGAGGAGGAACUCAAAGUACCGCCGGCCCUGGAGGGAUAUCUCAGCACCUGACUUACACAUCUUACAUCCUCAAGCAAACUCCCCAGGGCACAUUUUUAGUUGGCCAGCCAUCACCCCAGACUUCUGGAAAACAACUCACCACUGGGUCAGUGGUCCAAGGAACGCUGGGAGUCAGCACGUCUUCUGCACAAGGACAACAAACGCUGAAGGUCAUCUCUGGACAGAAAACCACGCUGUUUACACAGGCAGCUCAUGGAGGACAGGCAUCUCUAAUGAAAAUAUCCGAUAGCACCUUGAAGACUGUGCCAGCCACCUCACAGCUCUCAAAGCCUGGAACCACAAUGCUGAGAGUAGCAGGAGGGGUUAUCACAACUGCCACUUCCCCAGCUGUGGCCCUCUCAGCAAAUGGUCCUGCACAACAGUCUGAGGGAAUGGCUCCCAUGUCUUCAUCUACGGUCAGUUCUGUAACGAAAACUUCUGGGCAGCCGCAAGUGUGUGUGAGCCAGACCACCGUGGGAACCUGCAAGGCUGCCACCCCCACCGUCGUCAGCGCCACGUCCCUCGUGCCCACACCAAACCCCAUCUCUGGGAAAGCCACAGUAUCAGGACUGUUAAAGAUUCACUCCAGCCAAGCCAGUCCCCAGCAGGCAGUCCUGACGAUUCCCAGCCAGCUCAAACCACUCAGCGUAAACACGUCUGGAGGGGUGCAGACGAUCCUAAUGCCUGUGAAUAAAGUGGUUCAGUCAUUUUCUACCAGCAAGCCACCUGCCAUUCUGCCUGUAGCUGCCCCAACUCCAGUUGUCCCCAGCUCUGCCCCAGCAGCUGUUGCAAAAGUGAAGACUGAACCAGAAACACCUGGACCGAGCUGCCUCUCUCAGGAGGGUCAGACAGCAGUGAAAACAGAAGAAAGUUCUGAGCUGGGAAACUAUGUCAUUAAGAUAGACCAUUUAGAGACUAUCCAGCAACUCUUAACAGCAGUAGUAAAGAAGAUUCCAUUAAUCACUGCAAAAAGUGAAGAUGCCAGCUGCUUUUCUGCAAAGUCUGUGGAGCAGUACUAUGGCUGGAACAUUGGAAAAAGGAGAGCCGCUGAGUGGCAAAGAGCAAUGACAAUGCGAAAAGUCUUACAAGAAAUCCUGGAGAAGAAUCCGAGAUUUCACCACCUGACUCCCCUCAAAACCAAGCACAUUGCUCACUGGUGCCGCUGUCAUGGCUACACCCCACCAGACCCUGAGAGCCUGAGGAAUGAUGGGGACUCCAUCGAAGAUGUGCUGACCCAGAUCGACAGCGAGCCUGAGUGCCCAUCAUCGUUCUCCUCUGCGGACAACCUCUGCCGCAAACUGGAGGACCUGCAGCAGUUCCAGAAAAGGGAACCCGAGAAUGAGGAGGAGGUGGACAUCCUCAGCCUCUCUGAGCCAGUAAAGAUAAACAUCAAGAAGGAGCAGGAAGAGAAACAAGAGGAAGUCAAGUUCUACCUGCCACCAACCCCAGGGUCUGAAUUUAUUGGGGAUGUCACACAGAAGAUUGGGAUCACCCUGCAGCCCGUGGCGCUCCACAGGAACGUGUAUGCGUCCGUGGUGGAGGACAUGAUCCUGAAGGCUACAGAACAGCUGGUGAAUGAUAUCCUGAGACAGGCUUUGGCAGUUGGAUACCAGACAGCUUCUCACAACAGGUAUUACUAUCUCUGCAGUCCGUGGUGUGAGGCUUAUACCUCUUUCCUAACAGUUGAAUUACCCAUGAAGGUGUUUUAUACUUACAUCAAUCCAGUAGGAGGUGGAGAGAGUGCUUAGGACACUCUUAGAGACAGAUGAACUCAAGGGUCUGCUCUGUCAUUUUUAGAGAACCUCGGUUGUGAAAGCUCACUCAGCUUUGCUCAGAGGUUUAUAUCCUCCUCCUCAUUACUUCACAGACACCUAGGACUCUGUUUUAUUACAGGGUUGAAUAAAUAUUAGCUUUGCAAUUAAACAUAACAGUGUCCGUUACAUGUCAGACAUGAGGGCCAAGCAUUGCAUGUAUUACCUUACUUGUUUUUCGUUGCAGAACUGUUAUUCCCUUUUUAAAAAUCAGGAAACCGGGCUUUGAAAGGUAAUCUUACCCAGCUUUCCCAGAAAAUACAGUGGCGACCUGGACUUCCGACUCAGGUCUCACUGGCUCUGAGGCUCCCGGGCUCGCCACUGCUCUUUGCUGACUCUCAUUGUGUUCGAUUGAGACACUGAGUUUCGGUCUUUUCCUAGGCCCUGAAAGAAUGGUAGAUAGGCCACAUCUGCUUUUCUUUCAGAGGAAACGAAUAUUAUUUUAUUGCAUUAUGCUAAAGGCCGUCACAAAUUUAUAAAAUUGUAGCAAAGUGCCUGAGGACAUGAAGGGCCUAAAUCAGAGGAAUAUUAGAUGAAGCUUCACAGGAAUAUAUCAGACAACAUAGACGUCUUUAGAGAAAAGGAGGUGAACCAAGAGUUCCGGUCCUGCUGCCCGCUGUCCUGCUUGGACCCACAAGUGAGCCAGGGGCCUCCUGUGGCUCCUGCUCACCUCUGUGCUCCCUGUUCUGGAGGGGUAGAGUGACUUGGGUGCUUUUGAUGGAACGAUUAACAUCACGCCUGGCCUGGCUUGACUCCAUCUCCCAUCUUUCCAGGAGAUGGGAAAUGCAGUCCCAGAGUUUUGUGGUGCUUUGACUCAGCUUUUGGUCUGCUGAGAGUCACUCACAAAUGUGUCAUUCCGUUCUGCCAUCCACUUUGUUUUCUUUCUCUUUUCUCAGUUCUCAGAAUCUUUUUUCCUAAUCAUUCAACCAACUUGUUGACAUCCUUCUCAUGCCUAUGACUAGGAAGGCAGUCCCCACCCCAGAGUGGCCCUAAGCUAUGUCUGUGGCUCAGGAGCCCUCUCCAGGGGGCCUCUGCCUGGGAUGGUCCCUGUGGUGAGUUAAGUGAAUGAAUGAUGAGAUACGUGUGAGAGAAUUCCACCUGGUAACACCCUUUGUUUUUUGGACCAGGAUUCCCAAAGAAAUUACAGUGAGUAAUAUUCACCAGGCCAUUUGCAACAUUCCUUUUCUGGAUUUCCUCACAAACAAACACAUGGGAAUAUUGAAUGAGGACCAGUGAGCGGAGUGAGGUGCCCUGGAGAAGCAGGCUUUGAAGGCGCAGCGAAGCUGUAACUGAGGACCCUGCUGCUCGGGAAGGAGGUGGUUUCCAGUGCGCCUCGGGAUGUCAUGGCUACCCAACCAUUGCCGCUCCUGUUCCCGCGUGCCACCAGCAUGCUCCACUCCAGAUGAAAUCCAUUGGACAGGAGUUUGUGUCCUCAGUGUGGAGUGAGGCUGUCAGUGGAUACGUGCUUUGUCGGUCAACAUUUCUGCAGUCUCUGUAAAGGCCCCGUGAGACUUGGGCCAGGCCAUGUGCCUCAGGCCCUUCUCCCUGAGUGUGCUCAUGGGGGCUCCUUGGGCCCGCCUCCCCAGGAGAUAGAAAAGGAGUGGCAGGCUAGAGAUUUGAACCAUCUUGUGGGCUGGAGUUACCAGUAGCUCCAGCAGUUAUCCUGAAGAAAGAUUGGGCUUCAGCCUUCAGCAAGUGGUUCUCUCCCCUGCCUGGCCUUGGUGUGGAGGGGCUGUACUCUGAGCCCAAGUGAGUCAGCUAUAGGAAGAGGCCAUACGUAGAGCAAAGAACCAGGAAGGCCUGAGAGACGGCAGACUGAGCAGAAUUCCUUUUUUGAGCACAGGAGCAUUACUAGAACCAUUGUCAAAGCAGUGGCAAGAGACGGAGAGGUCCCAACGGGAGUCGGGAAGAGCUUUGAUUAUAACCAAGAAAACUCUCACUAUGCUAGGAAUAGACAGCGUGCACCAGCCCCGGACACUUGGCAGAAGCGUAGCAGUGUUACACAUGUGUGCGAAGCAGCUUGCAGGCUCCGUGCCAUCUGCAUGGUCUGCAGGAACUGCUGCUGCUGACCCCAUGCUGAGUGGCCAGUGGGGAACAGCCCCCGGCAGGCUCUUCUGGGGUGGUCUGUCCUAUCCGUGGGUUGUGUAUCCUCUUCUCUGUUAAGGAGUUUUUCCCAAGAAGAAAA